UCAGACUACGGGGCAGGAUUCACUCAGUCAUUUGACCAACUGGCAUGCCCAUCAUUUUACACUGUCUUCUGCUCAGACAGUGGGAAUGGAUUCAGUCAGUCAUCUCAACUGAAGGUACAUCAGCAAGUUCACACUGGGCAAGGUCAUUCACCUGUUCUUUGUGUAAGAAAGCAUUUAGUCUGUCAUCCCACCUGUGGACACACCAGUCAGAAGCUGGUCACCUGUAGAAUUUCUGGGAAAGGAUUCACUCGGUCGUCUGACCUGAUGGCACACCAGCGAGUUCAGACUGGGGAGCGGCCAUUCACUUGCUCGGACUGUGGGAUGAGUUUCACUCGGUCAUCCACCCUACAGAGACACCAGCGAGUUCACACUGGGGAGAAGCCAUUCACCUGCUCAGUCUGUAGGAAGGGAUUCACUCAGUCAUCUAACCUGAAGAGUCACCAGCGAGUUCACACUGGGGAGAAGCCAUUCACCUGCUCAGAAUGUGGGAAGGGAUUCAUCAACUCUUCCACCCUACAGAGGCACCAGUGUGUUCACACUGGAGAGAAGCCAUUCACCUGCUCCAUCUGUGGGAAGGGAUUCAAUUGGUCAUCUGACCUACAGAGACACCAGAAAGUUCACACUGGGGAGAAGCCAUUCACCUGCUCCAUCUGUGGGAAGGGAUUCAAUUGGUCAUCUGACCUACAGAGACACCAGAAAGUUCACACUGGGGAGAAGCCUUUCACCUGCUCAGUCUGUGGGAAGGGAUUCAGUCAGUCAUUUCACCUGCGGAGUCAUCAGCGAGUUCACACUGGGGAGAAGCCAUUUACCUGCUCAGAAUGUGGGAAGAGAUUCACUCGGUCAUCUGACCUAAUGGCUCACCAGCGAGUUCACACCGGGGAGCGGCCGUUUACCUGCUCGGACUGUGGGAAGGGAUUCACUCGGUCAUCUGACCUAAUGGCUCACCAGCGAGUUCACACCGGGGAGCGGCCGUUUACCUGCUCGGACUGUGGGAAGGGAUUCACGCGGUCAUCUGGCCUAAUGGCUCACCAGCGAGUUCAUACCAGGGAGCGGCCGUUUACCUGCUCAGACUGUGGGAAGGGAUUCACUUUGUCAUCGAAACUAGUGAGACACCGGCGAGUUCACACUGGGGAGAAGCCGUUCACCUGUUCAGUCUGUGGGAAAGGAUUCAGUCAGUCAUUUCACCUGCAGAGUCAUCAGCGAGUUCACACUGGGGAGAAGCCAUUCACCUGCUCAGAAUGUGGGAAGGGAUUCACUCGGUCAUCUGACCUAAUGGCUCAUCAGCGAGUUCAUACCGGGGAGUGGCCGUUUACCUGCUCAGACUGUGGGAAAGGAUUCACUUUGUCAUGGAAACUAGUGAUACACCAGCGAGUUCACACUGGGGAGAAGCCGUUCACCUGCUCAGUCUGUGGGAAGGGAUUCAAUCAGUCAUUUCACCUGCAGAGUCAUCAGCGAGUUCACACUGGGGAGAAGCCAUUCUCCUGCUCAGAAUGUGGGAAGAAGUUCACUUCGUCAUCUAACCUGCAGAGUCAUCAGCAUGUUCACACUGGGGAGAAACCGUUCACCUGCUCAGACUGUGGGAAGCGAUUCACUUUCUCAUCUAAGCUGAAGGUACAUCAGGUGAUUCACACUGGGGAGUGGCCAUUCACCUGCUCAGUCUGUGGGAAGGGAUUCACUCAGUCCUCCACCCUACAGAAACACCAGUCGGUUCACACAUUCUGAGCUAUUCACCUGCUCAGAAUGUGGGAAAGGAUUCAUUCAG